AUGAACUCUGUUUGCUCAUCAGGUCCUGCAGCUAACAUUAGAGGAGCAAAACAUCAAAUGAAACCUGAAUUGAUAGUUAAACCUUAUAUUCCUGAAAAGGAAUAUAAAUUGUCUCAAGUGUAUGUACCUAGAGUGGUAGAAGACAGACCUCUAGAAGAAGAAGAUGAAAAUAUGUAUGCAGGCGAACUUGAAUAUUAUGAUGAUUUGCCAGAUAUAGAUGAAGAGCAAAUGAGCAUAAUGCAUGAGUAUAAAUUUGGAACACCACAAAGAAGAAGAAAUCGAUAUUUUUGUCAAGGUUGUUUCAGUUGUAGUAAUGAUUUACAUCAACAUUGUUGUAUCGACAGUGUUUGUGUAUACGUGCAAGAACUAAAUGAACAAUGCGAAGGAUGCUGUGUCUGUUUACUUUAGUUUAUUUUUUAUAAAAAAAUUGUACAUAAAAUUUUAUUAAAUAAGUUUUUCAUUUAUAAAAAUGUCUUUUGACGAGUCGGACGCUGAUUUGUUAUACUUGUAUCAAACGCAUUUGAAUUUAAAAAAACAUUUGCAAGAAACUAAUUUAAAUCGCGCUAUAGAA